UCGUCUGCCUCUCUGACGGCCUUGAUAUUGUUGUGGCUCUGAGAGGAGAGAGAUUUUCAGAGGCUGUUCUUGCAUUUGGUGCCCUCAACUCUCUACUCUCCACUCCCUUUGUGUCCAGUCGCUCUCUUCUUCUUCACGAAUUUCGAAUCCCAGUAUGUCACUUGCAGCGCUCACCUGUAAUUCGAAUCCAAACACUCUGAAUCUCAGUCAUCGAUCGAUCAGAAGGAGUAAUGGCGUCUUAUUCAUGGCGAUUCCCACUCGCAGAAGCAUCAAUUUGAGGUCACUAUCUCUUCCCAAGCUCCUCUUCAGAAUCCCACGGAGUUCUUCGAAGUGCCGCAGAAACCCCAUUUCCCCUCGAGUUAAAUUCGUCUCCCCUGUGAUGGAAUGGCAGAAUUGCACGGCCAAGAUGGAAGUAGACAUUCCUGCCUCGGUUGCUUAUAAAUGCUACUCAGAUCGUGAAGCCAUUCCCAAAUGGAUGCCCUUCAUUUCAUCUGUGAAGGUUUUGGAAGAUAAUCCUACUUUAUCACGGUGGUCAUUAAAAUACAAUGCCUUUGGUCAAGAUAUUGAGUUCUCUUGGCUUGCCCGGAACUUGCAGCCGACCCUCAAUCAAAAAAUCCAUUGGCGGUCUCUCGAAGGUCUUCCAAACAGAGGUGUUGUUCGAUUUUAUCCAAAAGGCCCAUCAUCUUGCCUCGUAGAACUGACUGUCUCUUAUGAAGUUCCUCCUCUUUUAUCUCCAGUGGCAUCUGCAUUGCAACCUUUGCUGGAGAGAUUACUUAAACGAGGUCUUGAAAGCUUUGCCACAUUUGCUAAGAAAUACCAAACGGCUUGAAGACGGGUAUUUGUGUCAUAUGGUAUGGAUAUCACCAUUUUUUACUAGAUACUCUUAUUGACAAAUGUGAAAUCUUGAACAGAAUACUUUAAUACAAUCAUCUGUUUCAAUAAGAAAUUAAUGUACUUU